UUGCAGAAAGUAAAGCCGAGAUCUGAACACGAUGAGGAAAGUCCCUGAGGAGCGGAACACAUGAGGCAGUGCGCUUCGCGGCGGAGCACCUUCCCAAGUCUGGUGGGAGCUGCGGGGAGGCGCAGGGAGUCUCUGCUCCUUUAAGUGAGCGAAGAAACUCUCCCCUCCCUCGCUCCCUCUCCCCUCGCCUCAAUCCCGGACGGCCUGCUCUGAAGGAGGAGGAAGCCGCUUCGCCGGCGCUGCGAUAGGGAUUUGAACGCACCUCCGCGCAGAAGACAGCGCCGCACGGCUCGGCUCAGAGUGCAGCGGGCGGGUCCGCGUCAACCUCCACUUUGGAUGUAACCUGAUCGGAUUCGGCCCGGUGACUGAGCGGUUGGUUGUUGUCUGGAGCUGGAGGCCGGGAGCAGGUCAGGCAGCGUCUGCCCGGGGUGGUGCUGCUGUUGGCGGAGCGUCGCCGUCUGUCGGUUCCCGUGGAGAGGGGAGCGGAGCCUGCAGGGACCUGCUGCUGCUCUCAGGGUGUUUGUGCUUUUAUCUCCACGGCUGGACUCGGAUACACUCGUUACACACGGGAUUAACUGAUUAACGCUCCGGUACCCGGGGAGUUGGAUGUGUGUUUUGCCCCGCAGGAGUCACCUGGAGUCCGGGCGGAGAGACGGGGCCGAUGGCGCAACGGUAUGAAGAUCUGGCCCACUAUGGGCUGGAAGGGGUGGGCGGUGUGUACGGAGACCCACACCACCAUCAUCACCAUCACCACCAUGCCGCUGCUGCUCGCUCUCUGCAGGCCGUGCACCUGGCAGCCGCCGCCGCCACUGCUGGUGGUCCAUACCCUCCACACCAGUAUGCCCAGUCCACCCACAGUGGCAGCAGCAGCACGGCCGCCACAGCCGGGGACGCUGUCAAGAGGGACAGAGACGCCAUUUAUGGACAUCCUUUAUUCCCUCUGCUCGCACUGAUUUUUGAAAAAUGUGAAUUGGCAACCUGCACACCGAGAGAGAGCGGCGUUGCCGGUGGAGACGUCUGCUCCUCGGACUCCUUCAACGAGGACAUCGCCGUCUUCUCCAAACAGAUUCGAUCAGAGAGGCCUUUAUUUUCAUCAAGCCCAGAGCUGGAUAAUUUGAUGAUCCAGGCUAUACAAGUGCUGCGCUUCCACCUUCUGGAGCUGGAAAAGGUUCAUGAGCUUUGUGAUAACUUCUGUCAUCGAUACAUCAGCUGUCUGAAAGGGAAAAUGCCGAUCGAUCUGGUUAUAGACGACACAGAUGGAAACAAAUCAGACAGCGAGGAUUUCAUCAGGUCAUCGGGGAACAACAUGGAUCAGCUUUCAUGGAGCAGAGAUCAUGACGACGCAGCAUCGAUCCGAUCGGCCGGGACACCGGGACCGUCCAGCGGUGGACACACGUCUCACAGCGGCGACAACAGCAGCGAACAAGGGGACUGUCUGGAUAACGGCAUGGCGUCUCCCAGCACAGGGGACGAUGACGACCCCGACAAAGACAAACUGCACAACAAAAAAAGAGGCAUCUUCCCCAAAGUGGCCACGAACAUCCUGAGAGCCUGGCUUUUUCAGCACCUGACUCACCCGUACCCUUCAGAGGAGCAGAAGAAGCAGCUCGCUCAGGACACCGGCCUCACCAACCUGCAGGUCAACAACUGGUUCAUCAACGCGAGGCGGCGGAUCGUUCAGCCCAUGAUCGACCAAUCGAACCGAGCAGUGAGCCAGCCAGGACCGUACGGCCCAGAUGGUCAGCCAAUGGGAGGCUUCGUUAUGGACGGACAGACACACAUGGGAAUCAGACCACCUGCUCCUAUGGGUGGUGUUGGGAUGGGUGUGGAGGGACAGUGGCACUACAUGUAGCACCACCAACACCCCCCCCUGCCGCUAGAGGACCCGCUCAGUGUCCCAGGAAACCACCGACUCAGCAGGUCUGCAGACCUCCUUUGCAGGCGUGGAGCAGGACCCCACGCCUCCUCACCCAUCCUUCCCUCAGCCCCACCCCUCCGGGCAUCUACCUGGCCUGAUGAGGAAAACACCCGACCGCCACCGGAGACGCUUUGUGACUUAAAAAUCAGCUGAAGCACAAAAACAAAAGAGAGUGUGGGGACAGCUGAAGAUCCUGCAGGGAACAAUUACCAGCUGUGCGUCCUGGCUCGUCACACUCGAGGAUUUUUCUGAAUCAGGACACAAACGUCGAUGUGGCGUUUCUGGAUUUGAUCGUCAGCAGCCCAGAAUGUCGUCCAACAGAUUUGAACCUUUUUGUUCCUCUCUGGACUACAACUAUGGAAGCCUCAAGUGGACAUUCUGGCACCAGCAGCGCAUCCUUCCCCUCCUCUCCAGCAGUUCAACACAUGGAGCUGAUGUCUGUAUUCUAUUGUAAGGCAUUUUUUUCAAAAUGUCUACAAACCAUUUUUUCAAGAGACUGACGCUCUGAAAAAUGGGCGGCAGAGGUCACGUGACCGGGCGCUGUUUACUGUGGACUCUCAGAGGGUGAGAGACAAGUUGUUGCAAGCGCUCUGCUGCUGCCUUUUGAAUAAUAUACUGGACUUAUACUGUUUCACUUUUCACACCGUGUGUGUUCGGCUUUUUUCACAGACUUCUUUCUUCCCCCUGAGCCCCACAAACCUUUUUGAGUUUAAAAUAAAAAACGUGAAGCAAAUCUGA